GAAGAUACACCCUUGGCCUUCAUGAAGAAAAAGAUGAGAACAAGUGGAAGAAAGGCUCGUCUGUGGGAAGAAAGGAACAAGUAUCUUCCUGGUUUUGAAGGUCCCCUUCCUUUUGAGCUCGAGACUGGAUAUGUGAGUAUUGGUGAAUCUGGAGAUGUUGAACUCUUUUACUACUUUGUGAAAUCAGAGAGAAAUCCAGAAAAUGAUCCUCUCAUGAUUUGGCUCACUGGUGGACCUGGCUGCAGCUCCAUCUGUGGAUUGCUCUUCGCAAACGGUCCUUUAGCUUUUAAAGGGGAUGAGUAUAAUGGAACAGUUCCUCCUUUAGAGCUAACAUCUUUUUCAUGGACAAAGGUGGCUAACAUUCUAUAUGUGGAAUCUCCUGCUGGCUCUGGAUUUUCUUAUGCUAGAACUCGGCGUGCUUCUGAGACGAGCGACACCAAACAAAUGCACCAAAUUGAUCAGUUUCUUAGGAGUUGGUUUGUGGAUCACCCGGAGUUUAUAUCGAAUCCUUUUUACGUUGGUGGAGAUUCAUAUUCCGGGAAAAUUAUUCCAGGAGUUGUGCAACAAAUUUCACUUGGAAAUGAGAAAGGCCUCACACCACUCAUAAAUCUUCAGGUGUUAAAAGAGUCUCUUCAUUCCCGCAAUGAUAUGAAUACCGAUAAUUCGGUUGAGAAAAGAAAACGUUUUGUAUUAACACAUUCCUAUAUAAUUGAGCAGGGUUAUGUUCUUGGAAACCCUUUGACAGAUAUAAACCUGGAAUCUAACCAUAGAAUUUCAUUUGCUCAUGGGAUGGGACUUAUUUCAGAUGAGCUCUUUGAGUGUAUGUCAGAGAUUUACUCAGAGCAUAUUCUGUUACGAAACUGCGAAGUAGAUUAUGUCUUGGUAGACACACCAAACAUCAGAACCGAUGGAAGAAGAGAACUGAAGGAGUUUUCAGGAAAUGAUUCAUCAUCAUUGCCACCUCCUAGCUGCUUUACUUACAAGUAUUUUCUGUCUGCCUUUUGGGCAAACGAUGAAAAAGUACGCAGAGCUCUAGUGGUGAUCAUGAUUCUAUGGUACCGUUCACUUCAACUGAAGCAUGGAUCAGAGCUCUCAACUAUUCCAUUGUUGAUGACUGGAGACCUUGGAUGAUGAGUAGCAAUCAAGUUGCAGGGUAUUA